AUGCGCCAACUUGGAUGGGACGAAGAGCACGACUGGGAAAACAGUACAGACAUCAGAGGUAUCAACAUCGACGGCAAGGUCCUCAGAAACCUUCGCUUCGCCGACGACAUCGUACUCUUCUCCAGCUCCACCACCGAACUGUCCUCCAUGCUGAACGAUCUGGACGAAGUCGGCAAGAAGAUCGGCCUCAAGAUGAACGUCAAGAAGACGCAGUGGAUGAAGAACCGCUUCUGCGACCAAAGCAAAGGCACCGUGGAGGGCCGCGACCUUCAAGAGGUCACAUCCUACAUCUACCUUGGCCGCGAAGUAAACAUGGUGAACGACCUGCAAGCAGAGAUCGGCAGACGCGAAACGCGCUGGAUGGACCGCCUUCAACUCCAUCAAAGAAGUCACCAGCCAGCUGAAAAACCCGAAACUGCGAGCUCACAAGUUUCAUUUCAUUAA